AUGACCUCACCAGAGAAGCCAAUGGAGACACAAAAUGAAGAAUUGAUGGUGUCGGCGUUUACUUCCGUGUCUGUUAAGGCAGAAGAUGUUGACAACAACAACAUCGCAAACGAUGAUAAUGACGAUGACAACAAUAACGACAAUGAAAACGAUGACGAAGGUGACAACGACGGAAAAGCCAUGGACAAAGCAAACGAUUUCAAGCCAAAGAAAAACAUUUCAUCGAAGAAGUCCAAGAAGAAACGAAAGAAAGGAAAGAAAUAA